ACGUCAUUCUCACUUCUUUUCCUUCGUCUCUAAGAAAAGAAAGAAACCUUUCUACUUCACCCCCACUCCCCUACCCUCUACCCCACGCAACCCCAAUCAAAUAACCACCGUUGAUUUCAUCGGCGAUGCAUGAAAUAGACGUUCACGAUCUCUCCGAUGACGCUGAUUACGCUGCCUCUCUUCAGCAAGGUUCGGCGAGCAUGAAUAGGAGUGAAAGCAGUAAGCGGAGUUCAUCAGGUGAACAAGAAGGUGCUGAAAUAGUGUUUUUGAAAGAUAACGUGGCAAUUCAUCCGACUCAGUAUGCUUCAGAGAGGAUCAGUGGUCGACUAAAGCUGAUCAAACAAGGAGGUUCUCUGCUUAUGACUUGGAUUCCAUAUAAAGGGCAAAGCUCGAGUGCGAGGUUGUCUGAAAAAGAUAAGAGUCUUUACACUAUACGAGCAGUUCCAUUCUCGGAUGUUAGAUCAAUUCGCCGACACACUCCCACCCUGGGGUGGCAAUAUGUUAUUGUAGUUUUGUCAUCAGGACUAGCAUUUCCUCCGCUUUAUUUCUACAAUGGUGGUGUCCGGGAGUUUCUUGCAACAAUUAAGCAGCAUGCUUAUCUUGUGAGGUCAGCUGAUGAUGCUAAUGUAUUUCUUGUCAACGACUUUCAAGAUCCACUCCAGAGAACUCUCUCCUCCUUGGAGCUUCCUAGAGCUGUUUCUGUAACUAACAGUCCAUCUUCAGCUGCUGCACCUAGUGGAUCCCCAUCUAGCUGGACGGAUGGGGAAACUUUUGAUAGAAAUUCUGCACUUGCUCAACAAAAUACCAGGCAAAGACAAAAACAUAAUGAUCCUGCUCGUGAUUUGUCAAUUCAAGUACUAGAGAAAUUUUCUCUUGUGACCAGAUUUGCUCGUGAAACAACAUCACAACUUUUUCGUGAAGCUCAGGGUGAUGGUUUCAUCCCUAAUGACAGGAGGAAGCAUGACGAAAAAAAAACACAUGAUUAUCCUCGCAUUGCCGAAUCGAAUGAUGGUCAGAAGCUGCCUGAGGAAGUUCCAGUGCCUGAAGAUCCCUUGGAGUUUGACAAAUUGUCGUUAGUUUGGGGAAAGCCACGGCAGCCUCCCUUGGGUACAGAAGAGUGGUCUUCUUUCCUGGAUUCCGAAGGGAGAGUCACAGACUCGGAAGUAGUAAGAAAGAGGAUAUUUUACGGAGGAGUCGAACAAGGUCUACGUAAAGAGGUGUGGCGAUUUCUAUUGGGAUACCAUUCAUAUGAUUCAACUUAUGCAGAGAGGGAGUACCUUGUGUCUGUCAAAAAGUCGGAAUACGAAACAAUAAAAAACCAGUGGAAGAGCAUCUCUAAGGAGCAGGCGAAAAGAUUCACCAAAUUCCGAGAGAGGAAAGGCCUUAUUGACAAAGAUGUGGUGAGGACUGAUCGGUCAAUUUCAUUCUAUGAUGGGGAUGACAGCCCAAACAUUAAAUGUCUGCGUGAUAUACUGCUGACAUACUCGUUCUACAAUUUUGAUUUGGGUUACUGUCAGGGUAUGAGUGAUCUCCUUUCACCAAUAUUGUAUGUCAUGGGAGAUGAAUCAGAAUCUUUUUGGUGCUUUGUGGCGUUGAUGGAACGACUAGGACCAAACUUUAACCGUGACCAAAAUGGAAUGCACUCUCAGCUUUUUGCACUAUCAAAGUUGGUGGAGUUGUUGGACAUCCCUCUGCAUAAUUACUUCAAACAGAAGGAUUGCUUGAAUUAUUUCUUCUGCUUCCGAUGGGUUCUUAUUCAAUUCAAAAGGGAGUUUGAAUUUGAAAAGACUAUGCGAUUGUGGGAGGUAUUAUGGACGCAUUAUGGGAGUGAGCACCUUCAUCUGUAUGUCUGUGUCGCAAUUCUGAAAAGAUAUCGCAGCAAAAUAAUGGGAGAGGAGAUGGAUUUCGACACACUACUGAAGUUUAUCAAUGAGCUGAGCGGUCAUAUCGACCUUGAUGCUAUCCUCAGGGAUGCAGAGGCUCUGUGUAUAUGUGCCGGUGAGAACGGUGAAUCUUGCAUUCCUCCCGGAACUCCACCUUCAUUACCAAUUGAUGAUGCUUCAAUGUACUAUCAACAGGAUGACGAUGAUGUACUAUAAUUACUUGUUUUGGUGUAAAUUCUUUUAGUUCGACGAAUGACCUUCAUAGUUAACGAUAUCUUUUCUCGUGCAUAUACUGAAUUCAUGUAAAGAGAAUGAAAUAGAUUUCUUUUGCCAGCAAUCUUCUAUCACGUCAGCUUUUAGACCA